GGAGUUACCAUUUGAAAGACGAGCUAUGGAUCUCUCGACGGCGGCGGUCUUCUCAUUUUCCGCUGAUUUUUACCAAUCGGGAAUAGAUUCUGAUGCUGAGCGCGUCGGGAUUGCUCUACAACUGGAGAUAUCGCACGGGUCGGAGCCUUCCCGAUCCAAACCCAUCGCUUGAUCCCCUCUCUGCCGCUCCUGCCGCUUCUGCCGCAGGUGGAGAUGCCUAUCCCCGACACUCCGUCGCCGUCGCCGCUUCGGAGAUGGUCCUCAGCUCGAACCCAGACAUAUUCCUCCCGAUUCCCAAUUCUUAUUAGAGAUCUUACCGCAUAUAAUGCCUUGCUGGAAUCGUAAAUCUGUAAACUUGAUGUCAUGUGAUAUUUGCACUGGCAUACGUAGAUUCAGAGGAAUUUGAACCAGAUUGGCUAGGUAACCAAAGUGACGGCGACUCUAUGAUUGGCAGCAGUAUCUACGGCGCAUCUUUAGCAAGCACACUAGAUAGGCUAAGCUUGACCAGGAACGACCAACUUCCUGGUGUUGUUCUGCAGGCAAGAGCAAGGCUUCAAGAGAGACUUAGAGGCAUCUCUCCGUCUGGAAAUAGGUUAGUCACGCAAUGUGCCAUAGAUGGUGCAGCAAAACUUAUGACAUCUCAAGGAAUGAGGUUGCUUAUGAAUGAUGAAAUGAGGCUCGUCAAUCAUGGAGAACCAGAUGCAGAGAGUCUGGUUGAAUGGUUUGAAUCAGGUUCAUUAGCACCAAGCUCAAGAGCAGAAACUGAUGGCUAUGUGCAAUAUGCUAAUAGGCCACCUGGACUCAGCUCAAAGGCUUUCAGUAAUCUACGGAUGGAAGUUUAUGUUGAGAGAGCUUUUCUCGAUUGCUCCAUCUGUCUGGAGAGAUUUGUAGAGGGCGAAGAAUUGAUUCAGCUGUCUUGCAGGCACAGGUUCCAUCCUGAUUGCUUGGAGCCAUGGGCGAAGAUAUGUGGGGAGUGCCCGUAUUGCAGGACGACCAUAUAAAGGCUGUUGCGGAGGUUAUUUGGAGCUAUGUCAUACACGAAUCCUUUCUCCAGUCGAGAUAUAUGGUCCUUAGGCAGUGUAGGAAGUAAAAAGGUUUGGAGA